AUGGGGAAGAAUAAGAAGAUAGAGAGAGAAUGUAUCGGGGUUAGGCCAAUGAUGGUGUCGGUGAUGGAAUACGCGAUUAUGAUAACGAAGAUUGCAAUGGAAGGAACUAGUUUGUUAGAAAUGGCUGAAACAAAAUCAUCCAUGAGGAAACCAAUGUUCACUAAGGUUGAUCAGCUGCGCCCUGGCACCAGUGGACACAAUCUCAUUGUGAAGGUUGUUAGUUCGAAUAUGGUAUUACAGAAGGACCACCUAGAUGGUCCCCAAGUACGCCAAAUGCGGACUGCUGAGUGCUUGGUUAGAGAUGAAACUGGGACAAUCGUGUUUACUGCAAGGAAUGACCAGGGUAAUGUUCCUUCUGGUGAUUUGAUUAUUGUUCUUGGUGGGCUGGUUUAA